AUGAGUUCACCCCCAGAGGAAAGCACAGGGCCCUCAGUUGACUCGAAGAAGAAGGAUGAACGUGUUUUAGCUCGCAGAGAACGUAUCAUCAAACGGAACAAAAAUGCCAAACAUGAGGGUUCUUCUGUAAAUCAGGUUAAAGACGAAUCAUGUGAAGACAAGAAAACUGGUAAGAGCAGGAAACAGAUAACGGUUAGUAACCAGCGGAUAGAAAAGUUACGUUACGAUGGAUCCGAACUUGUGACAAAUGUGGGAGUUGCUGCGAUGGCCCGGGAAGAUGCACGAAAGGUUGAUGAGGAGAAAUCAAACAAGGAACGGAGGGAAAAGUUGGAAGCAGAGGUGAAAGCAAGCAUGGAACGAUUUGAGGAGAUUACUAAGCGCUGGGAUAGUGCUCAUGCAGUGAAGGUUCCUCAGGCACUAGAUGACAUGAUGACUAAUCAGAGAGAACUGAUUAACAGCAUGAUUGCGGAGAAAGAGAAGAUAAUACAAACUUUUCAGUUAGAGCUCAAAGCAAAGGAUGAUCAGUAUGUCAAGGAUCUGAAAAAACAGGCAGAAGAUAUUGAUCUGAUUAUUGAGCGUAUGAACGCACAAAUUAAGAAUCUACAGAAAGCUUACAGAGAAGAGUUGACUAAAAUAGAUCAAGCUUUCGAAAGUGAGAGAAUAGAACUUCUCGACAAACAACGACAAGAGUGGGAAAAUCAUAUGCAGCAGAGAUCAAACAAGGAGAUCGAUUAUUUAAAGGAAGCUGAGCAGCGUGUUGAAGAUUUCUCAUCACAACUUCAACAUCUCCGAGUGCAAGACGCUGAAGAGUACAACAUGGUCAAGAUAAAGUUGGAGACUGAUGUUCAAGUUCUCGAGCAGCAAUUGCAAGCCAUGCGAGCUACCUACCAGCUCAACUCUGAAAAACUUGACUACAAUUUCCAGGUGCUGAAGAAGCGAGACGAAGAAAACACGAUCACAAAGUCACAACAAAAACGAAAGAUCACCCGAUUACAGGACACCCUCAACAAUCUGAAAGGUAAGUUUGCAAAGCAGGAAUCCAGUUUCAGAGAAGAGAAUCAGCAACUUGCCGAUGUGUAUAAACGCAUCACUGACCAAUUUAAAGAACUCCAGAAGAAAUCAAAACAUUUCCAAGCAACAGACACCAAAAAGUUCAUAGAUGUGUGGGUUAUGAAUGAAGAGGAAGCUACCGAUCUAGCACGCAAGGUUCUUGAUGAGGAUCGAAUUAUAUUCACUCAGCAGAUCGGAUUAGAUUGGGGAAUGCCAGAAACCUCCAAAGUUUUGGAAGGAGAAGGGAGACCUUUGCUUGCUGGGGAACCUGCUAAAGUGACCUCUACUUCAUCUUUGAAAUCAGCUAAAGCGGCAGCUGACGAUAUUAUCAGAGCUGCCUCUGAGGCAGGAAGCGGAAACCUAGAACAGUCUAGAUCAACAUUCGGUACUGAUAAGGGACAUGUCUACAAUCCUGUCCUCAUUAAGUCUGUUUUGGAAUUACUCUGUGCCGAAGCUGAUUUUUUGGUCGAGAAGAAGCUUGUCCAUUUACUGACUCCACUCGAACACGACGAACGGCUUUUGAUGAAAUUAGACUCUAUCUUCAAAGCUAUCGGUGUAGAUACUGAAGAAGACAUCAAUCGGCUGACUGAAUAUUUCAUUGUAAAAGGGGAUGAAGCUCAUGAAAGUACCUCACUAAUUCACCCAAAUCAAGUUCUGAAAGCGAUUAGAUUAUUUGUAAGCGAAGGGGCGUCUCCCAACAGAGUAUUGACCCAGAAACAAACGGUCGAAUUUGACGAAACUGCAGCAGAAAGAGACAGUGGUAAUGAUGCCAACUAUUGGCAGCGUCUUGCACAAAUUCUGCCCAAGACCCACGAAAGAAAGUGGGAUGCUCUUCUAACGGGAAUUCAGAAGUAUCACAACGUGUUGACUCAUCGUUCCAAGCUCAUCGAGGAGACAGAUAAGUUACAGAACCAGAACUCUGAAUUGAGAAUGUUGUUACAGCAAUAUAUUGGGUCACGUGUUAAUCAGGACCUUCAGAUUCCUCCCACUCAUACAAUCCCAACUGAGAUGCUCAGAGAUUAUGCGAUCGAUUCAUAACUUACUGAUCUUUCGAAACUUUGGGUUUUAGAAACUUAAGUUAAAUGAGUUGUUUGAGAACUUUAUGAUAUAAAUAGCAAGAGAAGACAUGCUUUAAUAAUGAAAAUGAUUGAGAGUUGGAAAAUCGCCAACAAGUUUUGAAGAUCUCUAACACAUUGCGGACAUUUUAUCUCAUUUCAUCUAAUGAACUUUUUAGAUCAUCUGCUGCUGUGUAAUAUUUGUGUAGAAAUUGCAUAGCGAAAAUGCUUGUAUAUUUGAUGUUUUAUACAAAUUCUAAAAUAAUUUUAUUCUUAUUUGAUAAUUA